CUCUUGGGGCCUCCCGGUGUGUCUUUUGACGACUGCAGUCCCAUGGGCAGGCCGCCUUGGCCCGGGCUGCUGGCCAGCAGACAGCUCGGGGCAUGCGCGUGCCGGGGUGUCUGGACGCGCCGUUGGCCGCCCGGCCCGCAGCUGUUCGACAUGGUCCUCCAGUUCUUCCUGAAGUACCCGGUGAAGACGCGGUACAGUUGCUAUAUGGAGGAUCGCCACGCUUACAUCGCGCGCCGCUACCUGAGCACCUGGUUCAUGUUGGAUAGCGUAUGCGUCUUCCCUUACGACCUCAUCAGCUUGACGUCCACCGACUCCGCGAUGUCAAACAUUAAGGCCGUCAGGGCCUUACGGCUCUUGAGGCUGCUGAAGUUGACCAGGACGCUGAAGGGAUCCCGCAUGAUGCGGAGGCUCGAGGUGCAGAUGUCCAUGUCAUACCAGCGAGUGUCGUUGAUCAAGUUCUUCAUCCUGCUCCUGCUGGUUGCGCACUGGCAGGCUUGCGCCUGGUGCGGCUUGCUGCGGCUGGUGGACGCUACAGAGCCCCGGUGGGUGGACGACAUCGACGCGCAGGAGCAGACGAAGACGACCGACCAGCCAUGGAUUCUCUACCAGUCGUCCAUCUAUUUCGCGGUCUACACCAUGACGUCGGUGGGGUACGGCGAUUGUGGCCCGAACAACAUAUUGGAGCGCGCAGUCUGCGUAGUGUUUCUAUUGGUAUCAGGUGUUUCCUGGGCGUACAUCAUCGGCCAGGUUACUUGUAUUGUAGGCAAUAUGGGCCAGUUGAAGCAGCAGUAUCACGAGUUGCUUGACCAGGUUAACCUCAUGAUGUAUGACCGCGGCAUACCGCAAGGCAUGAAGAGGAGGUUGCGAGCAUACUUCAUGUCUACGAAGGACGUGGAGCUGCACCAGCAGCAGUGGAGGCUGGUAUCGGGGUUGAGCCACGGGCUCCAGGGCCAGGUCGCCAUGAUGACUCACGCGGUGUGGCUCGAGAAGAUCGGUUUCCUCCAGGGGUUCUUGAAAGAGGCUGGGAUCCAAGACCUCAUCAAAGAGGCGGUCAAGAACCGCGAGGUGCUCUUCUGGAAAGUGCCCAAGUUUGUGUUGGACAUCUCCUUGUCUUUAGAUUUUCGCAUGUACGCGUCGGAGGAGUAUUUUGGCAAGCCGUUCACACUAUACAUCUUGAGCACCGGGAUCUGCAUGCGCGAGCACUUGCGCCUGCGCGUCGGCGAGGCCCACAGGAAGGCGGGCGCUGCGGCGGUCUGGGAUCGCCAGCUGGUCGUGCGCCAGGGCGCGGUCUGGGGCGAGGACUUCAUCUUGUCUGACAGCACACUCCUGUCUCCAUUCACCGCGAUGUCCAUGAGCUAUGUGGAGGUGUUGCUGCUAGACAGGGGGGACUUCCUGAAUAUAUGCGAGAAGCAUCAGAAGGAGUACCCCGAGCUGCCCCGCGCCGUCCGCAGGCACGUCGUCCGGCUUGCGUUCCGACGCGGCGUCAUCGCGGAGACGCGAAAGUUCAGAGCUGGGCGCCCCAGCGCAGUACCCUUGCCGGGCCAGCUGCUGGCCGACCGCCGGACGCAGAGCAUCCGCUUCAGCACCGCGGAGUCGCAGUCGGACGAGCCCGAUGCGGACGAGUUGGAGGACGAGGUCCUGAAGCCGGUCCCACGGCGGACGAGGCAGAGCAUCGCAGAGCUGACCAGGAAGACCCUCGCGGCCGAGCUGCAGGAGGACCAGGCCCGACAAUUGCAGAUGUUGCAGAGCGACCUCGAGAGCGAUGAGGUCUCGAAGCCGGUCCCACGGCGGACGAAGCAGAGCAUUUUUGAGUUGACCAGGAAGACCGUCGCAGCCGAGUUACAGGAGGACCAGGC